AUGGCGGCAGUUUCUACCCCGGCCUCCAUGGUCGACUUUCCUUCUUCGGAAUCCCACCUUUCUCCUAGUCACUCUGACAUUCAUUUUCAACGUCAACGUCACCUUCCCUUUCGUCGAAUAUCUCUUCCAACCCCUCCGAACCUCAAUCGGCAGUCUGUUGUGAGUACGGCGUCGUUCGACUCGUUGCCCGAGGAGGAUCUCUCGCCGGGCUUCGUGGUGCCUGUCGUUACACCGGCUGUCAUCAAGAAUGCGACAAGGCCUCCGAGGCAUCGACCAUCCUCUCUGGAUAUUUCCCGGAGAGCCCCCCGAAGGAGUCAUAUGCAGCCUGUCGAUGAACAGAGGGAAGCGAAGCGUCGAAAGGUGAUCAAUGAGUUUCACGAGACGGAGAAGUCGUAUCUCGAUGGGCUGGAGCUGAUCUACUCCCACUUUCUGACUCCCAUCGUUGCUUCACUGGAUACGCCCCACCAACUGCUUGAUCGCUCCGAACUCACGUCAAUAUUCUCAAACUUCAUUGACAUCUGGAACCUACACCGCUCAUUUUAUGCAUCCCUCACUGCAUUUCUCGAUACAUCUGCGUUGACACAGCCAGCUGACCCGCCUCCGCCCCUGUCUCCCGUACUUCUUGCGCAUUUCCCCUAUCUUUCCCUUUACACACCGUUCGUAACGUCGUUUUCCGAUGCACUUGCAUCAUACGCUUCUCUGCUUUCGACCCAUCACACGUUUGCUUCAUUUAUUGCUAAGCAGGAGUCUGAUCCGCGCUGCGGGAAGCUCAGGUUUCGCGAUUGGCUACUCACCAUCGUCCAGAGGUGUCCGCGAUACUUGCUUCUGCUCAAGGACCUCAUCAGCUGCACAAAUUCAGAAGAUCCGGAGUAUGCACAGUUGACUGCAGUCCACACGCUGGUUUCGAAGAUCACGUCAUCCCUGAAUGCCUCCCUUCAUUCACAUGCACAGACUCUCGCUCUCCUCGCCCUGCAGCGGAACACUGCGAACCUGCCAUUUCGAUUGAUCGUCCCUGGACGUACAUUUUUGAAGCGCUCGCCGCUACUUCACUUAGAAGGUUCUGUGGCGAAAGAGCGCGAGUUCUUGCUCUUUAGUGACUGUGUCAUCUGGCUCGCAAGUGCGGAUGGCGAUGCUACUUCAGAAGCCCCCAUAAGCGUGGGCGGGGGACGGCCACCUCUGGUACGCACGCGCAGCAAGAGUGAUACAGACACCCCUGCGGUCGAGGCUAUCAAGCGCAAGGAUUCAAUGCUGAAGUUUAAGCUUCUGCAUGGGAGCCCGAAGAAGAAGAUGCGACAUUCCAGCACAGACGAGAGAUGGGUGUAUAAAGGAUUCUUGGAUUUGAUGGAUGUAGAGGUGGUUGUUACGCCCGCGCGAGAACCGGGGGAGGAGAGAAGGUUUGAGCUAUUGAGUCCACAGCAGUCCUUUGCUGUCUAUGCAUCGAAUGAGGAAGAACGAGACGAGUGGAGUACAGCUAUCCGAAAUGCAAAGUCGGCUCUGUUGGUAUCGCUGAACAUGAUGCAACCUAACUCCACUUUGACUUCUUCGUCGUCAACCAAUCAUCUACGACGUACUCUACAAGCUCUGCCUUAUCCCCCGGAAGAGAAGGAGAAGCCGAAGAGGGCGAAAGUCGAGCAUUUUGUGCCUGCAAUAUGGAUACCUGAUGGGAAGGCGCAGAGUUAUUAUGCGGACGAUGUGUUUGCGCCAGCUGUUCGGGCAAAUUUCCAGACAUUCUUUGUGCUAGAUGACAGCUCGAAGGACGGACAUAAACCAGCGCGCGCGUGUGACGCAUGCUACGAAACAGUAUUCCCACUGCUGGAUAUGAAAGGCGUCUCCGUACCGGCAGGCACGAUACACUCUCGCCUAACGCUGUCUGGCCUCAAAUCUAUGCCAUCCCUCAUGCUCUCCGAUCGAAGUGGCAGCUCUCCGUCAGCGCUUAUGGCAAUUGACGUGGAUAAUCCGAGGCGAAUCCUAUACAGAAUGGAAGAUGAGGUCGUCGCAGCCGACGAAUUGGAGGCCGGCCCAUCUGUUCCAGCGAUUAGGAUUAAGCCAGCUUCACGUCCGCGGAGCUAUAUCCAGAUACUAGAAGAUUUCCAGGAGCACAACAAUGGGGAUCCUUUCCCAUUGGUGAGUCCCAGCGGGUCACGGUUCAGCGUGGGAUCGGAAGGGUAUUCCUCCACUAUCCUGGAUGAGCGUGACGAGGAGCUGGCGGAGGAUGCACACACCCAGAGUAGAUCAACGCACUCGCCGAGCCGCGCGGUGUCAAGUCUUCCCCCCACACCAAGGAGGGAGAAUACGGCGCGCAGGGGCAUGCGCUUCUCUCUCCCUGCAGUUGCCCUGCAGACAAACCCCGUGACAGCACGGCAGGACAUUGUGGGCGAAGGUAGCUCGCGCAGAUUUUCGCUUGUGCUCAGCAGGGGCGAUACCGUGAGUCGAGGAAGUAGCGGUGAGAAGGCGCGCUCUCAUGGGUCGGACUGGGGGUUUAGAGAGGGGCUUGCUGCUAUCAAGCUAAGCGAGCUAUUGGGCCGCAUGAAGGGAUCCCCAAGCUGA